AUGAUGAAGCUGGAAGAAGUGUUCACGCUCGAAAUUUUAAUAAAAAUUUUGAGCAAGAUUUUCGUAAAGGGGAACUACUGCAUAACGAAGGAAGACAUCAACACGAAGAACUGCCGAGUGAUGAUUUUCGAGUCAAAAAUGGACAUGUCCAAUUUUAGGAAAAACGGAGACGAAGAAUUCAUAAACAUGCUUUUCUAUUUUUACAACAAAAAUUAUUUGUUCUUUAUUGUAUACUGUUUGAACAAGAAAAAUAUUGUCUACUUGAAUUUCUUCAAUCCUCUGUUAAGUGAGAAGGAAAGUAUCGAGUCGAUCAAUUUGUUUUUUAUUAACAACUUUUUUCCUCAUAUUAUUUUGGGCCUGAACAAUGGCAAAGUUUUCCUGUACAAUCAUGAAGGCAUCAUCUGCAUGCAAAAUAAAUUCGUAGACAGUAAGAUAAAACUGAUUUUUGUAGAACGACAGAAGGAGUAUAUUCUCUUCGUGUAUGAAAACAACACUGUGGUAAAUACAAACUUACAUUUAAUUAAAAGAGCAUUGGAAAGUAAUUCAAAAGUUUUACCACUUGAUUAUUCCUUCACCGUUAAUAAAAAUAUGACAAUAAAUCAUAUUUUUUUGAGAAACAAUAAUUACUCUCCUGAUGUUUUUAAAAAAGAGUUAUAUUGCAUUUACAGUAGGGAUGACUUGGCUAGGUACAUCACGGAUGCUAUUACGUCCAAUCAGCCACAGUGUAAUAGAAUUGCCAAUGCGAAUUAUGUAAUCACAUCCAAGACGAUCACCAUUUCGAUACUUUCUCUCAUUCGGCAGAAUGCUACUUAUAAUGACCUUCUAACAAAAAAGGAAAAUUUUGGAGCAUCAGAAAAGCUCAGUUCCAGAAUUAAUAAUUUUUUGAAAAACAUGUUUACGAAGAAAAAUGAUCCAUCCGGUGCGAUGGUAACAGCGUCAGUAGCUGCAUCGCCUUCUUCAGGAGGAACGACUUCCCAAUCGGUAACACCUUCAGUGGGUUCUGCCUCAACAGCGUUGUCAGUUCCCUCCCCCAGUGCUGCAUCUAACUCCACUGGAGUACAAAUGGCAGAACCCAAUGCCAUUAUCCCACAACAUAACACGUCAAAUACUUAUGGAAACGUAACAGAUAAUCUCAGCACACAAAUUGUGCACUGCUUUAACGACGCGAAGAGACAAAUUAUAGACAUCUGUAUCUGCCCGUGGAAUCAAAACUUGGUACUGGCAUUGGAUAACUUAGGAAGGAUAUGUCUCCUUAACAUUUGCACGCUGAGCAUUUUGCACAUGUGGAAAAGUUACCGAUCAGCGUUUAUGAGUUUUAUUCAGAGGAGGAAAUUGACAACUCGUCCUUCCGCUAAUUUGUCCAAGGGGGUAGGAGGGGUUACUGGUACGAGCUCAACUGCUCAUGGAGAAAACGAAGACCAGUUGGACGAUAAGGCAAUUUUUUUUUACCUCAAGACGAGAAACUUAAUCGAAAUUUGGGACCUCAGGACGCUGCACAAGGUGUACAGCGUGCGGACGUAUGAAGACCCUCAGCUUUUUAAAAUAUUUUUUGCCGACCACGAUGUUCCUAAUAAAAUUUACUUCUUCAGCACCAGUCACCAUGUCUUCCUGAUGAACACCAACUUUGAGUUGUUCCACGUCAAGUGGCCCGCAUGA